GUUACUGGCCGUUCGGGGUGGUGUGGUGCAACAUCUACGUGUCGUGUGACGUGUUGGCGUGUACCUCCAGCAUCAUGCACAUGUGUACCAUAUCCCUCGGCCGUUACCUGGGCAUCCGUAACCCACUCAAGACCAGGAGCAGUAGUAAGAAGACGGUGGGCGUGAAGGUGGUGCUGGUGUGGCUGUUGGCGAUGUUAGUCACCUCCUUCAUUACUGUGUUGGGGAUCUUUGACACCACCAACAUCAUGCCAGUCGACUACCUGUGCACCAUCAACAACCAGGCCUUCUUCAUCUUUGGCUCCCUCUGCGCCUUCUACAUCCCGAUGGUGAUCAUGGUGGUCAGUUAUGCCCUCACGGUUCACCUUCUUAGGAAAAAAGCCAAGUUCGCUGGGGACGCUCCGGCGGGCAAGGCUCGAACUAUGGGCAGGUACCGUUCUGUUCGCCGGAAACCCCAACAGCCGCCACAUUCCUUCGCGUUCACCCCAAGAACCUCGUACAGGGGGUCCUACUCCAAUGGUCACGCCGGACACUACGAGUUCUCCAACAUACACAAAUGUGAACAGGCGACUCAGACACCGGAGUCCAUCGCUCGGGAGACCAGGAACUUCAAGUUAAAAGCUCUUCGUCUACAGCUUGUAGGAACGGCCGCGUGGCAUCUCCGCUUUUUACCUACAAAAAAGCGUGAUGCCUUAGCUGCUAACGCCGUCGCCAACGAGCAGAAAGCCUCGAAGGUGCUCGGACUUGUCUUCUUUGCCUUCGUCAUAUGCUGGACGCCCUUCUUCAUCCUCAACAUCUACUUCGCGGCGUGUCCGACGUGUCACGUCUCGGAUCACCUGGCUAACGUGUGUCUCUGGCUGGGCUACGUGUCCUCCACUAUUAACCCCAUCAUCUACACCAUCUUCAACCGUACCUUCAAGGCCGCUUUUAUUAAGAUCCUCAGGUGUGACUACAACUUCGACCACCGUCACGUGAGGUCUCAUUCCAUGUCGGACAACAUGCCGGGGACUUAUGGGGGUCCAGCGCCCUCGGCAGUAGCCACGCCAUGCUCCAUUCGAACCCUCUCCACUUACGUCAAGAGUCCCAGCUACCAGCACGCCCUCACCAGCCCGGAGCAGGAGCAUGAGUGCUGACUGCUACAGCCCUGGAACAGUGACAGAGACGUAAAUUUUGACUACCAUAAAAACAGUGGCAUACGUACUAACUGCCACAUGGCUGGCCCUGAAACAUGAGAUACUGUCUCAAGCUCGAAGCACCAGCAGGAACAUGUAUGACAUGCCACAAGCCUGAAGCACCAGCAGGAACGUGUGUGCUACCUGCCACAAGCCUGGACACGGUAAAGAGGCAGAAGCAGAAAUACCUUUUACCACACAACCAUCACUCAAAACUAGUUUACCGAAGACAUAACCAAAUAAACGCACAAAAUCAAAUAAGAGUUGGUACUAGUAGUGUGAGUGUGUCUCUUUCACCGUGAACAGUUGUGUGUGUCUCUCAUCCUGAACAAUUGUAUUUACAUGAGGGUUGUUCAGGUAUAACAGGUGUUCUAUAUCAGUUGUACAGGUGUUUUUAUAACUCACCUUUAUAAGUUGUUCUACAGGUGUCCUUAUAUCACUCAUAUGAUAUAAGUUUUUAAAUGAAGUCAUAUUGGGUGAACUUAAGAAGAGAACACUAACAAGACCCAUACAAUUCGUAAGACAUUUGGAACAUGUUAUACCAAGAACUGUUCUUCCCUGAUCACAGACUAAAUGAGUUAUAUUAAACGUUGGAGAUAUAACCUUACAACGUGAUGUGACUAAAGUUAUUAAUAAGCUCAAAUAUUAGACCAAAAACGAGAGGCUAAUAAUAACAACCAAAAGUAUACAAGUAUUAUACCAUACUGUACACUGUCGUAUUAACUACCUCUUGUAUUAUCUCCGUGUAGUGUCCCUGUGUAUGUUUUGAUGGUGUGUAUUAAUCUGGUAACUUUGAGAAUAAUAGUGUUUUUUCGUGUCCAGUUCACACAUUAUAAAGCACGUUUUUGAAGCUCGUGUACACAACACGCUUCUAAUUCCUAAACAAACAUUCUAAUUCUAGUUCACUUAAUAUGACAAGAUAUACAGGGCGAGGCAAAAAAAAUUCUCAUUUGACUAAAUUAUACAGUGAUGCAAAAGUUCUUUUCCUCCAACUCCAAUGUAAAUUGCCUUGAUGAGGUCACUCUCAUGAAGUUAAAAAUUGCGUUAAGUAAAAGAUUUUUUUUAUAUGUUUUUACGAUGCAACUCUCGUAAAAACUUCUGAAAAAAGUCAAAUGUAUGAAGUAAACCUGCUUUAUAACGCUAGUCAUUUGUAUAGUCUAAAAUUACGAUACAUGAAUUUGGGAAGCACAGAAACUCCUUUAUAACGUUGGUAUUCAUAACACUGGUCCCUGAUACAAUUUGUUUGGUUGUAUUAGCUGUUCUCACUUAAUGACCAAUGGCACUAUACAGGUAUAGGUAGGUAAUAUAACGAAAAAUUGUGUUAUUUAUGCUUUUGUUGAAGAAAAAGUGUACUGGUGAAUUCAACUAUGCUUUAUGUACUAAUGCACUGUUCACGCUGACCAAAGAGGACCAUUUUCACAACACAAAUUUAUGAGUAGUCAGUCAUCAGUCAUCACAAUAGUCUUAGAACAUCAAUGGGCAUAGUAGGUGUUGCAUGAGUCCUGUCUCUUGCAACAUCACCAUCCACACACUCUUACGGCGUUCUUGGGGGAGAUUCGCGUGUCAAUUCUUUUGCAACAUCAACAUCAACAGGCUUACAGUGUUUUAGGGGGAACUUGUGUGUGUGUGUGUGUGUGUGUGUGUGUGUGUGUGUGUGUGUGUGUGUGUGUGUGUGUGUGUUUCUUGUCCUUUGCAAUAUCUACAUAAAACUAUUCCACGGUCUCACUAACCCGGAU